UACAAUCAAACAAAAUAACCCCACAUGUUUACAUUUCUCUUCAAACUGCACUUCCAUCAGCAAAUUGCAUUCAUUAACAAUCCCCCUGAAUGUCUUCUCAUCAUCUGAUGCUGGUAUAUUUCCAUAAAUAUGUUUCCUGUUAGUUCCCAUGGUAUGUUUGUGAAGCUCUUAAAAUCAAGACCAUUAUCAGUCACUACCUUGUCUUAAUGGAUCACAGACAUGUGUAUACAUGCUUUACAAUCAGUUAUUACGAGGCAUGAUGCAACCACUGCCUAGUAAAGGGAAUCAUAAUGAGACCUGUCAUACCGAUGUAUAUCGUAACUUUCACUUGGCAGGGAAGGGAGGGAAGUUGCGUCUCCUCAUCUAUCAUCACAGCUAUCGCCACUGGUGAGGCUACACACUUGUCAACAUGGAUAAUAGGUGGGUAGAAGAUACGGAGGUUACGAAGGUGGACAGUGUUGGACAAGCUUUGGUUAUAUCGAUUUUCAAACCUGUCACCAGACUUCUGCGAAUUUCUGGUUUCUACCUUGGACGCGAACAAUCAAGGCUAUUGAAGUGUGCAGUUGUCAUCCUGAUGGUAGUCCUGAAGUCUGUUACCGUGACCAAUGCACUUAGGUACUGUACUUUAUUUUGGGAGGAAAACCAGCUGGAUGGUAGGUUCACCUCAUCAAUGGCGGUGUUCUGUUUCUACUCCUAUGUAGCAUACACGUCGCUGACUCUGACAUUUGUUCUUCCAAGACAUUUCGGAAGAUUCAAGGACCUCCUUGUGUCAUACAUCACUGAAUAUGGAGCGUCACCAUAUCUGAAGUUCGUCAAGUAUAAAAUACGUUUAUUUGCCCUUCUAAUCACUUUGUUUUACUUGGGGUUUAUGUCCAGUACCACAGUCGGCAUUAGCAAUGCCUUCCCGUCACUAGAGCGUCACAUGGCUCCAUUCAACGGUUACCAAGGGACAACUGGAACUGCCUUCCUUGUGGUGUAUGUAUUUUUCCUGUCAGUAGUGAGUUCUCAGCUAUCUGCGGCCCUCGUUCUGUUCAACACAAUUACAUCAAUUCUUGUCAAAGAAUUCCAAAUACUAUCCAAGAAACUUGAAGAAGACAUGGACAAUUUUGAACGCACAUUUGGUCCUUUUUGUCAGAGGCACAAACGUCUUUCGUUGAUAUCGGACCAAGCGAACAAUAUUAACACCCACUUUGCAUUUGCUACGUAUGUGUUUGGGAUACCAAUGAUCUGUUUUCUUUGGUAUGGACUAAUCCGGGGAUCACUGCAGACUGAUGAGUUGUUGUUUUGUUCAGCAAACCUCUUCACCAUCACAGCUCUGAUGAUAGAUGUGACUGCCGUGGGUUAUGUUCUCAACGAUACGGCAAACGAACCCCUGCAACACAUAUUCCGCUCUAACUGGGCGUCUUAUUCGGAGGGGACUACCCAGAAGAUUUCCUUGUUCGUGGCCAGGCUCGCUUCUGAAAAGGUCGGCUAUUCUGUCUAUGGCUUGUUCACAAUCGACAGAUCGACAAUUUUGAUGGUGGUGGGUACAAUCCUGACGUAUGCUGUGGUGGUCCUCCAGGUGCAGCCUGACUCAGGAGCUGCCUGUAACAGGUGCCUGACCGCCGACAAUCUCAACCUAACACAGCUGUGUUCCUAGGACAGUUCUGACUCAGGAGGUGCCUGUAACAGGUGCCUGACCGCCGACAGUCUCAACCUCACACAGCUGUGUUCCUAGGACAGUUCUGACUUAGACGCUGCCUGUAACAGGUGCCUGACCGCCGACAGUCUCAACCUCACACAGCUGUGUUCCUAGGACAGUUCUGACCCAGGAGCUGGCUGUAACAUGUGCCUCACCACCGACAGUCUCAACCUCUGUGUUCCUAGGACAGUUCUGACUCAGGAGCUGCAUGCAAUGAACGGUGUUUACUCACCCACAAUGUCAAUGUCACUAGAACUGUUCUGGCUCUGCAUGUGGCUACUGGAGUGAGUGAGUAUGGUUUUACGCCGCUUAUAGUAAUAUUCCAGGAGACACCAGAAGUGGGCUUCACACAGUGUACCCAUGUCGGGAAUCGAACCCGGGUCUUCGGCGUGACGAGAGAUCGCUUUAACUACUAUGCUACCCUACGACUGGAGCUUCUUCACGCACAACCUCAAACUGGCACUAAAUGUCCCUUGACCGUUCUGACCCAGGAGCCAGCUGGACUCGUCAUACCUCUAGCAGCUGGUACAAAUAUCACUUGGCCAAGUGAUGCUGUGGCUACCUUCGUGGUUCCUGACUGUAUCGUCUUCUUCAUUAAACAUCGUGCUGAUCUCA